CAGUAAUAGUAAUGCCGACCUGGGAAUGGAGGAACCUUUUUGACCUUCUGACUGCCCUCACCGAACCACUCACCACCAACACCAACACCACCACCACAAAAGUUACCACGCACGCCCACCCUUCCGUGGAACCACCGCCUCCAGCCGCCCUUUCUGCCCCUGGCGCAACCUGGCAUCUUGAUCUGCGACAAAUCUUAACGAUUACAUGUCAUUUUUUUCCCUACCGCAUAAUACACACACCUCUUCCGACUCUCACCCCCAUCAUUUCUCAAAGGUCCGAAAGAACACCCUCGUCGCAUCUCUCUUUUCCCUCCUAUAAGCCGACCGACGCCGCCGCCUCCUCCUCCGACCACCCCUCUCCUUCGCCUCACCAACGCCAUUCCCUUGGUUGAAUGUAAUAUCGACUUGACCUUCCUUUCCUUGACAAAAUCUCCCUGUCUCUCGUUUAGUGUACUUUCAGCCAAACCUCAUCCAUCCUUUCCAAAACGGCCGCAGCCCCCCUCCUCGCUCAUUCUCUUGACAGCGCUCGGAGUCCGGUCAGCCGUGUCUGUUUACGAAGCUCGCAACUUUUGAGCAUCUCGGAGAGGGACUACUAGAUGCACGAAACUACAGCGACGACGUAGUGAAUACCGCUCCUUUCUGAUUUACUGGAAGUAAAAGAAGAAAUAAACCCGCUCGCUGUCCUCGUCUCGAACACCCGCAUUUUCAUUGGGGAAACAGAGAGCCCCUCGCGUCACGAAAUUCAAAUUGGCGAGAUUGGAAAGGCUGAGAGGGAGAGUGAAGAAAACAGAGAGCAAAGAUGGGGGACACUGCUGAUAGCAAAAAUGCCCCGCACAUGGUGUUCAACAUGCUCGAAGACAAGUACAUUGGCCUCGCCCUAGCCAUCGUUUCUACGCUCGCAAUCGGAACCAGCUUCGUCAUCACCAAGAAGGGACUCAACGACGCCGCAGAUAAGCACGGAUUCGAAGGAGAAGGGUUCGCAUAUCUGAAAACGCCGCUGUGGUGGGCAGGGAUAGGCUCCUUGGUGGUUGGCGAGAUCGCCAAUUUCGCCGCAUACGCUUUCGCGCCUGCGAUUCUUGUCACCCCUCUGGGCGCACUCAGCGUGCUCAUUGGAGCUGUGCUAGGUGCCUAUUUCCUCGGCGAGGAGUUGGGAGUCUUGGGGAAGCUGGGAUGUGCGAUCUGUCUGCUUGGUAGUGUGAUCAUUGUGCUUCACGCACCUCCGGACAAGGAGAUUGAGACGGUGGAUCAGAUUCUGGCGUAUGCGAUUAAACCAGCGUUCAUCAUUUAUUGUCUGGCAGCGAUUGUCUUCUCAACCGUCAUGAUUUACAAAGUUGCGCCGGUGUACGGCAAGAGGAAUCCCCUGAUUUACAUCUCGAUCUGUUCGACCGUCGGAUCAGUGUCGGUCAUGUCGGUCAAGGCCUUUGGAAUUGCGGUCAAGCUGACUUUUGCGGGCAACAACCAAUUUUCACACCCUUCCACGUACGUAUUUAUGAUUGUCACCAUCGUGUGCAUUCUCACGCAGAUGAACUACUUCAACAAGGCGCUCAGCCAAUUUUCGACCUCGAUCGUCAAUCCCUUGUAUUAUGUCACGUUUACCACUGCCACGUUGUGCGCGUCUUUUAUUCUAUUCCAGGGAUUCAACACGACGGAUGCCGUCAACACCAUCUCUCUUCUCUGCGGGUUUUUGGUCAUAUUCUCGGGGGUAUACCUGCUCAAUCUGUCGAGAGGAGACCCUGAUGGCCAUCGGCUACUUAAUGGGAAAAUCGCGGACGAAGACGGAAUCCCAACCGACCCUCUGGCCGGGCUGCAGACUCGAAGAAGCAUGCAAGCGAGGAGGAGCCUGGAUCCGCACCGACGGAGUAGCAGCCUCACAUUCAGUCCUGGAGGGAUAUUAUCGGGUGGAAGUCGACACGUGAGCGCGGAGAGUGCAGGGCUCAUGCAAAACUAUGACGUGGAGCACGGUGCUUUCGGAUUGUCGGAUCUCGUGGAAGAUCCAGAAGAGUUGGAGGGGGCCUCGAAUCGAAACGGGAGUCCCAGAAUAAGAGGGGGGCAAGUGACGACGAUACACGAUAGGCCGCAUCAAAAGAGUCUGAAUCGGUGACAUUGAGCGAGCCCCCUGGGAGGUGAUUGACUGUGCAGUCUCGAGUAGACUUGGACAAGAGAGUUUUGAUUGUAACGAUAUCCAUGCAUAGGUAACGGUUCAUUAGCGACGAAACAAGCCCAGCAUUUGACAGGAUAAAGGGUAUGACCAAAGGAAGGAAGAACUGGAAUGGCAGGGUGGAUUGAUUCAGGCACUGGCUGGUCGUCAGGCCACAGGGAGGUUAUACUGUAUAUUGUCAGUCGGGUGCAGCAAAGAAUUCGAGCAGAAUACUGUAUCCUGUUUCUUUUUGG